CACACCUUCGACAUGAAGACGGCUGUACCGGUGCAUGCGCUAUGGGCGGGAUUCUGCGCCUUGUCGCCCUGCCAUGCAUUUGUUCCGUCCAGCAGCCUGCCUUCCUUUGGGGAUCAUUCGGUUGUCGACGGCAGAACAGCCGCGUCUUUUGACCGGCAUGGGCACGUACACGAUUGUGCAUAUGGCGCAGCCGGAUCGGCGAGGGGUAAAGGUAGGAGGCGGGCGGCUCCGUCUAGGGCGAGGGCUCAGGGCGACGCUAGCAUGGGCCUGCGCAGCGCAGCUGAGAACACCUGGAAACGGGCGCGCGGUGGAGGGAAGGGCAAGACACGCAGCGACGGCGAGCUCAAGGAGGGCAUCGCCAACUUCUACGACAAAUCUUCUGGUAUCUGGGAAGAAAUGUGGGGGGAGCACAUGCACCACGGCUACUACGUCCAGGGGGUGAAGCCCAAGAACAUGGAGCACCAUAGGGCAGCCCAGAGGUUCAUGAUCGGUCGUUCGCUCGAAUGGGCAGGGGUAGAGGAGGGAGGGGCAGCCCCCAAAACGGGAGUCGACAUUGGGUGCGGUGUGGGGGGUUCCUCUCGGGCCAUCAGCAGGAGGUACGGCACAAACAUGACGGGCAUCUCUCUCUCUCCCGUGCAGGUAGAGAGAGCAAAGAACCUGUCUGAAGCGGCGGGUCUCGGAGACAAGUGCAAGUUUCAGGUGGCCGAUGCCUUGAACACACCCUUCGACACCGACUCUUUCGACCUUGUUUGGAGCAUGGAGAGCGGAGAGCACAUGCCCUACAAGCCGAAGUUUGUUGGAGAAUUGGCCCGCAUCUGCGCCCCGGGGGGGCGUGUGCUCGUUGUGACGUGGUGCCACCGCGAUCUGGAGGAGGGGGAGACCGAGCUUACCCCUAAGGAAGAGAAGCUUCUCGCAAAGAUCAACAAGGCGUACUACCUGCCGCGAUGGUGCUCCACCUCUGACUACGUCAAGUACUUCGAGGACGAGGGACUAGUCGACAUCAAGAGAGCAGACUGGACGGACAACAUUCAGAACUUCUGGCCGGCUGUCAUCCGAUCUUCGGUGUCUUUUCAAGGCAUCGUGGGCUUGCUGAAGUCGGGGCCUGUUACCAUCCGCGGGGCGGUUGCCAUGUUGCUGAUGGUUCGAGGGUACAAGAGGGGCCUGGUGAAGUUCGCUCUCAUCACCGGCAAGAAGCCGUGAUUCUUGUUUUGGUGCAUUCGAUCGUUUCCUUGGUUUAGUCAAGGCACAAGCAGCAAUACGGGUAUGUUGUAGAAUUCUUCCACCGCGCGAGCUGACGCCUGCAUGGGGGGUUGUGUUGGUGCCAGUUUUUUAGUUAGCACCCAGUACGACAAGAAGGCCUUGCACCGUGUCACGCCACCGUAGAGCACCUUUUUCGCCUAGUGGGUUCUCAUGGUCAGCAUGAUUUUUUACCAAGUAUGCUGGAGUGUGGCCAGGACUGCGGCAAUUCACUCCAAAGGCAUCAUACGACGCCCGCAGAACACACGGUACACCAACCGCCUUCCACGUGUGCCUGUGGCUUAGGAACUUGAGGCCUUAUUUUUCCUUUUAGGCCCUCGGAUGAAGAGAUCAGUGGGCCAGCUCUCCUCCGGCCGCCCGGGCGAGGACCUCGCCCCCCCCCCAACCGCCUGCCGUUCAUUACGGGAUUCCCCCCUGCUUGUUCAAGUCCUUUCUCGGAGUAAAUUUCUCGCGUGUGAAUUACCGCGUGUAAGGUUUACCCCGUAAUUGGCCAGGGACGCACCGGCCGUUUUUACAGCAACGAACGAGCAACGACUUUCUUCCAUAUUGCCAGGCCAAAACUACAGUAGUAGGCCAGCAGCGGGUCAGGCCAGAGGGCUCCGUUCGCCUUGCUGGAAGAACACGGCACGGGGUAGACUAACAUGCCGCCGUGGGCCGGGUACGACACGGAUGCGCACGACACGGAUGCACACCGGCAGGGACCAUUUGUGCACAAAAGUUCGGUUGGUCGUAGCCUCCAGGAGGAAUAACAGCAGUGGCGGUGUUGGAUAGAGUCUAGUCGAGAGCUUUCCGAAAACAUGUCGUUUCAAUUUCACGUCUCUUGGUCGUGGAGUAAGAAGUGGAGCUAUGAGGUUCGCUCCACGGGGUGUGAUAUCUUGUGUUUCCGACGGUAAACGGAGAAGUAGUACAACUGCCGUGUAGAUAAAACUCGCAGUUACAACAGGUUUUGUUCGUUCAGCAGGCAGAAGUUUAGAGGAGCGAGUGUUUUGGUCUUGGAGACAGGGCGGCGCCGGUAGCGGCCGUGCACGGGCGAAAUUAUCCCCAAAUAUUUUUCACCGCGUCAGCAAUCGAUCAAAGUUGUCGCUGUUUUGUCGGGGCUUCCGUACGGGACCUGACGCCGGGUGCAGAACGCACGCUUUGCAU